AUGAGAUCAAUAAUAUUUAGAAGUCAAUUAAAGGCAGGUUUGUUUGUCAAUGGAUUUAACAAUUUUACCAGUUGUAGUAAUAACUAUAAAUUGAGAAGAAAUCAUACAAAUGCUCCGAGUCCGUUAUCUAUUUUGAGCGAAGAUGAACAGUUUUUUAAGGAAACGGUUAGGAAAUUUUCUCAAGAUCAAAUUGCACCAUUAAUAAAGAAAAUGGAUAAAGAACAUAAAAUUGACGAUGAACUAGUGAAAAAAUUAUUUGAAAAUGGCUUUAUGGGUAUUGAAGUAGAUGCAGAAUAUGGUGGAUCUGGAUCGUCAUUUAUGUCUAGCACUUUAACAGUGGAAGAAAUAGCCAAAGUUGAUCCCUCAGUUUCAGUAUUAGUUGAUUUACAGAAUACUCUAGGAAAUAAUGUUAUGUCAAAAACUGGUAAUAAAGAACAAAAAGAAAAGUAUUUACCUCGGUUAGCACAAGACACCGUUAGCAGUUUUUGUUUAUCUGAGCCUUCGUCAGGAUCAGAUGCGUUUGCUUUAAAAACCACAGCAAAAAAAGAUGGAGACCACUACUAUAUAAAUGGAACAAAGAUGUGGAUCUCAAAUUCUGAUAUAGCAGGAAUUUUUUAUGUUUUUGCCAAUACUGAUCCUUUGAAGGGCCAUAAAGGUGUUACAUGCUUUAUUGUAGAACGAGAACAAGAAGGAUUUUCAGUUGCUAAGAAAGAAGAUAAGCUAGGCAUGAGGGCUUCUGGCACAUGUGUUCUUCAUUUCGAUAAUGUCAAAGUACAUAAAGAUAAUAUUGUUGGCAAAAUUGGUGAAGGAUAUAAAAUAGCAAUAACUUUCCUGAAUGAAGGAAGGAUAGGAAUUGGAGCACAAAUGGUGGGUAUAGCACAAGGGUGUUUGGACCACACAAUACCAUAUACAUUGGAAAGAAAACAAUUUGGCUCUAGUAUUUUUGACUUCCAAUCUAUGCAACAUCAAAUUGCUCGAGCAGUGACUGAAGUUGAAACAGCUAGGCUAUUAGUGUAUAAUACCGCAAGACUAGUAGAUGCUGGUUUACCAUUUAUUAAAGAAGCAGCAAUGGCUAAAUAUUACGCUUCAGAAGUUGCCGGUAAAGUUACAUCUGUAUGCAUUGACUGGAUGGGCGGACUCGGUUUCACUACAGAUUAUCCCCAGGAAAAAUUUUAUAGAGAUUGUAAGGUUGGGCCAAUAUAUGAAGGAACAACAAAUAUGCAGCUAAGCACUAUUGCCAAGUUCAUUAAAAAGGAAUAUGAACAAUAA